AUGAAACCAGAGACGAACGUGCUUGCUCAUUUCCUGCCCUUUGACGAGAACAAGGUUUACGAAGACCUCACUGAGAUGACUAAGAUCCACCUCCCGUCUCUCCUACAGAACGUUGAGUUCCGCUUUCUGUCUGAGAAGAUCUACAGCUACAUCGGAAACAUGCUUUUAGCUGUCAACCCGUACAAGCAUCUUGACAUGCCUGUACCGGGCUACGACCAUCCCAUCGGAAUGUACGACAAGGAGGUGCGGCGAUACUAUGCGAGUCUGCAAGGAAACACACGCCAGCAAGGUGUGAGGUCGCACGUGUUUGUGGUAGCAGACAACGCGUACAGAAACCUGAGUGCAGAGCAUCAGAACCAGUCGGUGGUGAUCAGCGGAGAGAGUGGAGCAGGAAAGACAAAGUCAGCCCGAGAGGUUCUCUGCUACAUUGUGGAGGUUGCUUCAGGAAUGUACAAGAACAAGGGAGGGAGCAUAGAGGGAGGGAAACGAGCAGAGUCUCUGGUGGGAAAGAUCACGAUGAAUAAUGUCAUCUUCGAGGCCUUCGGGAAUGCAAAGACGCUGAGGAAUGACAACUCAAGCAGGUUCGGCAAGUACCUAGAGCUCUGCUUCGACAGCAGCGGGGAGACGGUUGAAGGGGCUCAAGUACAGACUUACUUGCUGGAGAAAUCGAGAGUCACGUUCCAGUCAAAGGGAGAGCGAAGUUUCCACGUGUUCUACAUGAUGCUGGCGGGGCUGCAGGACAAGAGCACGAGAAGAUCACUCAGAUUGCGAGAGAUGAAGGAGUACAAGUUCCUCGGAGGUGAGCAGGGGACCUUCGAGGCAGAAGAUGCCUACGAGGGGAACCUGAGCGAGGCAGAGCAGUGGAACAUGUUGCAGACUGCGAUCUGUGAGAUGGGGAUGGCGGAAGAUCUCCUUGCUAUCUUUCGGAUCCUCUCCUUCAUCCUCCUCCUCGGCAACCUCGAGUUCGAAGACGAGGUUCAGAGCGGAACGCCAUGGGCACGAGUGACCUCCAGCUCCCGACAGUUCCUAGAGGAUGCGGCACAUGUGGUUCAAUGUGGGUCGGCUGAGCUCGAGGAGGCGCUGACGAUCAAGAAGGAGGACAGCAUGUUUGGUCGGGUACCUCUCAACUCCAGUCAAGCAGCGAACAACCGGGACUCGCUUGCAAAGCUCGUGUAUUGCGAGCUCUUCUCCUGGCUGAGGGAGAAUGUCAACAUGGAGCUCGUGAGGGAGAACGAGCAGGAUGCAGCUUCCUCCGCUUCCUCUUCUCUCUCUAUCGGGCUCCUCGAUAUCUUCGGCUUCGAGUCUUUCUCCUUCUACGACAAGCACCAAAAGUGCUGGAUGUCGGCGAACAGCCUCGAGCAGCUCUGCAUCAACUUUGCCAAUGAAAGUCUACAAGUGUUGUUCAACAAGAAGGUGCUGGAGGCUGAUAAGAAGCUGUAUGAGAGCGAGUUCGAAGGAAACGACAUGCCUGAUGUGCAGCUGGACCAGGAGAGUCUGCUGGCGCUCCGAUGGAUUGAGACGACGUUCUCCAAGCUCGCAGACUUCUGCAGAGAGGCAGAGAGGAGAGACGAGUAUGACAAGAUGGGGAAGGAGUUCAUCGAUCGGCGGUUCUUCCCAACCUCCAACUCGUUCGUCAUCACCCAUUAUGCUGAUGACGUGGAGUACUGUAUCGACCACAUGAUCGAGAAGAACAUCGACAAAGGCCACGUCUUCCUCCGCAUGCUCUUUUCUACUCCUGUACGAGCAGGGAAGCUAGCAGACAAAGUGACUUCAAGUCCAUCCGUCAGGUCAAAGCUGCAGACCGUUGCAGGAACCUUCAAGCGCCAGCUGAGAAAGGGACUGAUCCCAACGCUGGAAGACACGCACAUGCACUUCGUGCGAUGCGUCAAACCCAACGAUCACAAGAGGUCGCUGAUGUUCGAACGAGCCAAAGUCGCAGGUCAGUUGUCAAGUAACGGCGUCGUGCAGGCCGUCAAACUCGCACAG